AUGGCGGACUUAGACAAGACUGUCGGCAUCAUUGGCAUGGGCGACAUGGGGAAGAUGUACGCGCGGAGGAUCAGCGAAGCUGGCUGGAGGGUCAACGCCUGCGAUGCGCCGAGCAAGUACGAAGAAUUGAAGGAGUUGUACGCCGGACACAACAAUAUACACAUAUACCCGGACGGCCAUCUCGUCUCCAGAUGCAGUGACUACAUCAUCUACAGCGUGCCAGCUGAGGCCAUCGACACCGUCGUAGCCAAAUACGGUCCAUCCACCAAACUCGGUGCCAUCGUCGGCGGGCAAACAUCCUGCAAAGCCCCCGAAAUCGCCGCCUUCGAGAAACACCUGCCGCCAGAUGUCGAGAUCAUUCCGGUCCACUCCCUGCACGGACCGGGCGUGGACCCAAAGGGCCAGCCGCUCGUCCUGAUCAAGCACCGGGCCUCGGACGCGUCCUUCGCGCUGGUCGAGCGCAUCCUGGAGUGUCUGCAGUCGAAACACGUCUACCUGACGGCGGCCGAGCACGACCGCAUCACGGCCGACACGCAGGCCGUCACGCACGCGGCCUUCCUGUCCAUGGGCGCUGCCUGGCACGCUAAUGCGCAAUUCCCCUGGGAGAUCCCGCGCUACGUGGGUGGCAUCGAGAACGUCAAGAUUAACGUCACGCUGCGCAUCUACAGCAACAAGUGGCACGUCUACGCCGGCCUCGCCAUCCUCAACCCCUACGCUCAGAAGCAGAUCCGCCAGUAUGCCGAGAGCGUCACUGAGCUCUUCAAGCUUAUGCUCGCCGGCCACAAGGAGGAGCUCCGCACCAGGAUAUACACUGCCGCCAAGGCUGUUUUCAAGGAAGAUGUGGGUGAUGAGGACUUGCUACUUAAGGAUGAGGUGCUGGAUCGGUUUAGCCUUGGCGAGAAGCCACCGGAGCGGGUCAAGAACAACCAUUUGAGCUUGUUGGCAAUGCUCUUCCGUCUUUGGUUAGGGAUCACGGAGUACCUCUUCCGCAAACCUGAGUUGCUGGAGGAGGUCAUUGAGACGGCCAUACAUGACAAUACCUUCCGUGCUGAUGAUCUGGAGUUCACGUUCGCUGCUAGAGAUUGGAGCGACCGCGUCAGCCUCGGUCACAUGGAUGCGUACCGCGAGAAAUUCGAGCACAUCCAGACCUACUUCGAACCACGCUUCCCGGAGGCGAAGCGGGUGGGUAACGAGAUGAUCAAGACGAUUCUAGCAAAGACCACGAAGCCCUAG